CAUGAGAAACUGAACAGCGACAGCAUUGUCACCAGGGAGGCAGUGCACCGAGGCUAUAUAUUUGUGACCAAAAACGACUGUCCUUCGAAGAUAUAGCCAACGUUAAAAUGCAACGAGUCUUCAGAUUCAAGACUUGGAAGCACAAGCUGAGGAUAUGUCAUUGUAUUCGUAUCUGGACGUGUCGACUGUGUGAAGCGGCUGAGCUCCAGGAAAACAUUUGAUAAACAGGAGCAGGAGAUCUCCUUUAGGCUUCGCUCUCAUGUAGCUUAUGUCCAGAGAUAUCUCGUUUUGUUUUCUUUCCCGAUAGAUGUAGCAAAAUCGCCGGUUUUCUGUGCCGAAGAAAGGGUGGACACAGUAGUCUAACCUCCGCCGAAUCAACAAGCAUUACGACCGUCGCAAGUAGCCUAAAAGGAAGCGACCCGCCACACCUGACUCGCCUGAUUCCCCGCUAAGAUAGUGACAUGACAGCACGCGCCAGGAAGAAGAGGAUAGAGCGAGAAGAUAUCUGCAAAAGGACACGCAAAUGUUUUGAGGAGGGUAACCAAGUGAACGAGGAUAUUCGAGUCCGGGGAGCCGUCUGCUGCGGCGAGAGGCUAUCACAGAGCGCAGUGCAGCACAGGCGUGGAGACAUCGGUGGGCAACUGAGAAUAGCGUUUUGUCAACCACAAAAACCUGAUCAAUAUCUCCCUCUUCAAUGAAAAAAAAUAAGCGCACCGGUAUACAUAGCUUGUUUCUUCACUAUCUUAUUCGCAAGUCAAAAUACUGCAGAAAAAUGCAAAACAAAGAGGAUAUAUGUGAAUAUAAACUGAGCAGGUAAUAAGCAAAUUCCAUUGGAUGAAUGAACUUGUGUUGUCAAUUGGAUGGAAAGUGGUCAGGAUUGAUGUGUAUUUUGCCAAACUCGAAAGCUGUUCAGUCCUGGUCUGUUCCCUUGGCUCUCUCGCUUGUAGCCAUGGGUUGCAUCCAAAGCAUCGCCUGUAAGUCUCGUAUCAAACGCGAGAAUAUAGUUGUCUAUGAUGUUUUGGCAACCAUAGACCACACUCCGACAGUGAUUGAGGAGAACUCUCCUAUAGUGCUGCGCUACAAAACGCCGUAUUUCAAGGCCUCAGCUCGGGUUGUGAUGCCUCCGAUCCCCAGGAACGAGACCUGGGUUGUUGGUUGGAUUCAAGCGUGCACACAGAUGGAAUUUUACAACACUUAUGGGGACAUUGGCAUGUCUAGCUGGGAGCUUCCCGAGCUGCGUGAAGGUCUGGUGCGAGCCAUCAGCGACUCAGACGGCGUCAGCUACCCUUGGUACGGCAACACCACAGAGACGGUGACGCUAGCCGGUCCCACAGCCAAACCAUCGCGCUUCACCGUCAGCAUGAACGACAACUUCUACCCCAGCGUGACCUGGGCCGUGCCCGUAAGUGACAGCAACGUGCCGCUGCUCACGCACAUCAAGCGGGACCAGAGCUUCACCACCUGGCUAGUGGCGCUCAAUGCCGGCACCCGCGAGAAAAUCCUGCUACAGACUAUCAAGUGGCGUAUGAGGGUGGACAUUACUGUUGACCCCUCCAAGCCCCUGGGCUCUCGGGCGCGUCUCAUAGGCCGGCCACAUCAGGACCAACCACGGGUCCUCACCCGGAUGGAGCCCAUCCCGCCUAACGCCAUGGGCCGGCCGAAUGCAAACGACGCUCAGGUGCUGAUGUGGAGACCGAAGAGAGGGCCGCCACUGGUGGUGAUACCCUCCAAAUGAACCGCGGGAGGUGGGAUAAAACCAGGAAGAGCCUUGAAAAGAGACCUUUUUUGACUUGGGAGGCCAGGCGACAGAGGGCAACUGCCUUAAAUCCACACUACUGCCUUCAAACCUUACAGGCCACCUGGGUACUAGUGACAUUCAAAAUAGGACCACUGCCUUAAAAUCUCUUCCUGGGAGCCCAAAGUGCUCUUGAACUGCACACGCUGAUUGUGAGUGGACAUAAUUGACUGCCUUGCACAAAUGUGGCUAAAUGUGGGAUAGCAUUCAAAUCAACUUGGCCACUGCUGCAAGGCAGUCAGCACACAGAGAAUAAUUGGCCAGUAAAGAUCGAUUGGGAUAGCGUCAUGCUAUUAAAUUUGAUGAUGGUUAGAUCAUAAUGGGAUAGACUUAUUUUAAAUCAGAUUGCCACUGGGUCAAAGACAUACUUCUAGUAUUCAAAAAGACAUCCAGGAAAAAAGGCCUGUUUAUCCCUGAACAUAUAUUCUCAAGAUACCACAUACAGCAUUUGAAAGAUGUUUUAGGCUUUGAAGUCCACAGGUAGCUAGUGGAAGGCAGCUAUUCUGGCGCUUACAUAUGAUCUCACCUGGGAGGUGCACAUGACUGAGGAAGGGGAAGUAAGGUGCACUGAGAGAAAGGGAAUAGUCCCCUCGCUCCUUAUUAUUGAGCUGGCUGCAGACAAGCCAAAAGACACACACAGAGACACACACACACACAAACACAUCUUGGUGUCAACCAUCAGGAUUACUUAUCAUUCAAACCUGCACAAUAAAACAAAGGGGGAAAUGUAUGUAUCAGUCAUUUCUAUACGGUUGGAGAUUUACACAGAGCAGAUGUCGGAUUGUGUGUGUGUAUGAACAGUCCCCUGAAGUACAUGUAUCAAAGCAGUUGGGUUUCAGGCACCUCAAACCUCCUUUAAAAAAAUGGAUGUUGGGAUAAAUGUUUUUUUUUUUUUUUUUUUUU